AUGAUAUCGACAUUUAAUAAAGUUAAACUGUGUGUCGGCAAAGCAUUGAUCGAUUUAGGUCUUGACACUAAUUCGGAUUACUCUUUGAGUGCAGAAGAGUAUACAGUUUUGACAAACUUAGACAGAGUAUUUCAGCCUAUCAAACUCGCUGUGGAGGUCUUAUGCCGUCGAGAUUCUGACCUGGUUACUGCCGAAACGACUUUAAGAUUUAUGAUACGCAAACUUGAAGAACUGACGACAACAUUGGUAAGAAAACUAGCAGAGUCAUUGAGAAACCGCAUAGCUGAGCGCCGAACUUGCUUGACUUCAGUAUUGAUAUAUUUGAGAGAUUAUGUCAAAUAUGAGGAAGAUUUGGAAGAGUAUGCGCGAGACGAAUUGUUCAAAAUGUCACAGAAAGUCAGUAUCCUAAAAGAAAUUAAAAAAAAACUUAUAGAGAGAUGCAAGACGCAAUACUACUAUCAUACACAAGAAAGCUCAUCUGUCACAGAGCCACUUCCUUCAACAUCAGCAGCUGCUUGA